CAAAUUUCUCCAAAACUCUACACGUACCUUCGAUUGCCACCUUCCCUUAAGCAAUUGCAGACAUGGCCGAUCUCUACGAUUGGGAGUCGCGAUAUGGAGUAACCACCCGCACUGGGAAUGGCCAAUUUGAUCAAGUCCUUGGACUUUCCCAAGGGAUCAUCAAUGAGAACUUUGUAAAGCUCUAUGACAUGUAUGAUGAGCUGAAGAAGUACUACUUCAGUGAAGCUGGAAUCGGAAAGAUCGACGCAGAACUAGAUGCGCCAAAACUUCUCAUCCCGAGCGGAAAACUUGCGACCAAUUACACCAACGUCCUAUUUCAGGUUCGAUUCAAGUCCGGAUCGCUCACCAACAACACCGACAGGCUUGUGAUACCUGAUCUCAAAGGUUGGUCAAUUGCAGUUGCUGUGGAGGUCGUAGGCGAAGACCUCAGCACCGACAAGAUCACGGAUCCGAACGUGAUAGCCUCAAGGAUAGCCAAGAAAGAAUGGCUUGCUGAGAACUUUGAGGUUCCGAAUGACUACUCAAUCGAGCGCUUGUACGCCAAGUUGUCUUCGGCAAAGUGGCAGAGUUUUGACAAGAACAAUUCGUAUGCUGGCGUGGAUGAACAUGGCAACCCAGUUACUCUUGAAUCUUGGUCGCUCAAAGAAGAGAACCAGUCGGCUGGCCGUCUUCUUACCUUCAUGCUGGGAGAAUGGGCGGCUAAGCAAGAUAAGCUCGGGAAGAAUGCCGUUGGCCUCUCUUUCAAACUUCCCAAAGCAACGACGGGCGAAGCAACCUUUGAACCCACUGCGAUGAUGCACCAAGUUUACCCGUACAAGUCCAGCAAACAAGGUGCCCCCGAUGGCUCGACAGGCUACGACGGUGCAGCAAAUUCCAACUGCUUGCUCUACUGUGAGAUGGUUAAUAAUCACCCCAUGCCCGAUGAUCUGCGCGUCGUGUGGUCAGGCAAUUACGCCACCCAGUUCCUCUCCGACGAGCACAAAGCGAUCAAAGGAAGCUUUGUCAUGAAUCGCGCAGUAUUUCUUGAGAAGUAUCUUCUGACCGAAUUUAGAGCGCUCAACCAGGCGUCCGAUAUUGUUCAUUCAGCCCCGCGCUUUGAGAUCGACCAAAAGGACCAGAAAAGCGCCUGCUUCACUCCGUACGGUGUGGGCUAUGACAGCGCUCAUCCGACAGAUAACGGCGGGGCUUAUAAUUUCACUACAGAAUAUGAUCCUCAGGACCCACGUUUACCUGUUCGUUGUGUGUGGACUAAGAAGAACCCUCCAAGUGGCGAUUACGCCGUUGGGCCGGUGAAGCAGGAGAGCAGUGAGGAGAACUGUUCUGGAAAGGCGUGGACUAGAGAUGAGAUGCGGACGGAAGUCAACUGGAAGGCUGGAUCCAACGAGAUCGUCAUUAGCGGGAAGGCGACUGCUUUUGAAAAUGGGCAGUGGACCAGGUUCAGGAGUGAUGAUUUCAACGACCCGUGGGCGUACUUCUAUGAUCAAUACGAGGCCAAUUGGAAGGUCUCGAUUUUCAUCGAGCCCGUCGAGGAUGUUCCCAAACCCGGCGCUGCGCCAGUUUCCAAGCUUAGUGUCCGCCACACAUUCGAUGCAAAGGAUGUUUCUGUGAAGUUCACACCUAACCAGAAGAAUAUCAAAGUCACGGGGAGAGACGAAGAGAUGCGGCGUUUCAUCGAAGAGCGUCUGAAAGAGAAAAUUCCUCGAAUCAUGGAAAACAUCCGUCGAAAGUUCGAGGGCGCUGGCCGCUUCGUCUAUCCAGGCAACGGGAGACUCAUCUUCACAAACCCGGUCAUCAAUAAAUGGGGUGACUUGUUGGCAGAAGUCAACUACAGAAAACUGGAGAAGAGCGAAUGGAUCGUGGUGCCUACCUUGAAGGACUCCAUUCCGGCCCCUAGGGUAGAACCCAGCAAGACGGGCCAAGGUGUCAUUUCGCGAAUUGCAGGAAAGUUUUGGCUCACGUGGACCGUCGGCCCUUCACCGAUUGCAAAUGAUCCGGACGCCAAGGUGAGCCUAAGAGCUACCAAUAGCAACCCUGAUGCAGUAUACUUGAACGCACUGUCGUUUGGAUUCAAGUCUGGGGGACGUGGAGGUGCCUUGUUUGCCGCGGAGACCUUUGUACGCCUUGAGAAGGGAGCGCAGCCGGCGACAGCAGGCAAAGCUGGUGAUGCUUCUGACACUAAGUCCAGUACCAGCGCCUCUACUGCCGGUACCACUGUUACUCCUAAGCCUGCUAGUACCACCGCACCCCUCACACCGACUGUCUCUGGCAACACUUCAGCAACGCCUUCCGGUGCAGGUGCUGAGACUCAUCUUGGGCUCGGUGAGAAGGCUACAACAGGUGGUUCAGACACAGGGGCUGAGACCCCCGCAACACCCAAGAGAUCAAGCAAAGUGAACGAAGUUGAGCUGCUCCAGUCCUCUGGCCCGCCGGCCCGCAGGCUAGAGUGCAACAUGGUCGAGGCCGGCAAAGGCUUCAACAAAUGGGUGGUCAAGAUCGUCCCGGGUACGGAGAAGGUUAUCAAAAUGGAACCAGGCGCUUGGGUUGAGAUUGUGUUUAAUGGCAGAGUGAAUGGAGCAUCAGCUUACGAGAUCGAUGUCGACGAGGAUUGGAAGGAUGACAAGGGAGAGUCGCAGGGACAUUUUGGCAAACCGAUUGGCAUUGUGGUCAAGUCUUGAACAGAACUUUGAUGCGGUGGAUGUCACAGAGCAUAUUUGAGUGUCACUUUACAUAGUCCUUUUUUAGUAAUUCCUUUGCCUCUGUCUACACAUAACGGCUGCUAUGUUUCUCUCGCGAACAAAG